AUGGCUGGACAGAGAGAGGCAUAUAAGGCUGGAGAAGACAAGAGCUCAUUUCAAGCACAUAAAAGAUCACAUACUGGAGAGAAACCAUAUGAAUGUAAUCAAUGUGGUAAGGCAUUUGUAGAUCAGAGUAAUCUUCAAAACCAUAAAAGAACACAUACUGGAGAGAAACCCUAUGAAUGUAAUCAGUGUGGUAAGACCUUUGCUCGGUACAAUACUCUUAAAUCCCAUGGAAGAGCUCAUACUGGAGAGAAACCCUGUGAAUGUAGUCAGUGUGGUAAGACCUUUGCCCAACACAGUAGUCUUCAAAGACAUAAAAGAACACAUUCUGGAGAGAAACCAUAUGAAUGUAAUCAGUGUGUUUCUAUUUUUGAAGAUAUCCGGAUUUAA